AUGCAGACUAUAAAAUGUGUUGUUGUUGGCGAUGGUGCCGUUGGAAAAACUUGUUUAUUAAUAUCAUACACCACGAGUAAAUUCCCGGCCGAUUAUGUCCCCACAGUAUUUGACAAUUACGCCGUGACAGUGAUGAUUGGCGAUGAACCAUUCACUUUAGGAUUAUUUGACACUGCCGGACAAGAAGAUUACGAUAGAUUAAGACCAUUAUCGUAUCCAUCAACCGAUGUGUUUUUGGUUUGUUUUUCAGUCAUUGCUCCCGCAUCAUUUGAAAACGUCAAGGAGAAAUGGUUUCCUGAAGUACAUCACCAUUGUCCUGGUGUGCCCUGUUUAAUUGUUGGUACGCAAACCGAUUUACGAAAUGAUGAUGUGAUAUUACAGAGAUUACAGAGACAGAAAUUAUCGCCCAUCACUCCUGAACAAGGAGAGAAGUUGGCCAAGGAGUUGAGAGCGGUUAAGUAUGUUGAAUGUUCGGCUUUGACGCAAAGAGGAUUGAAGACUGUAUUUGAUGAAGCUAUUGUUGCUGCUUUGGAACCACCUGUCAUAAAGAAGUCCAAAAAGUGUGUUGUUUUGUAA